AUGGAACCGUCUCAACUUGAUCUCCGCUCGGCCUCUCCAAUACCAAGUUCGAUGGACGCUUUCUCAAAGCCAAGGCCUAGAGUACCCAGAGGCCCGGCUCAGGCUGCUCAAGUCCGAAAGCAGAAUCGACGGCAGGCGUAUUUGGAACGCCAUCCCACGUACUUCAAAUCCAUGGAACACGAGCUUGCGGAUCCGCUACUUUAUGAUAGUCUGGUCCGUCGCUUCCAAACACCGGAGGAACGAGAGAAGGAAGGGAGAAGGAAGGGAUAUUCGCGAGUCCUAGAAGUAGACCUACUUCGUGGUGAAGCUAAGCUCUCGCAGCUUGCCGAAUCUUCUUCGACCGCAGACAGUGCUGUCAAUAUUCCAGCCCUAGAGAAGCCUACCAGUGUGCCUUUGCGAAGUUCAGGUCAAACACCCAAUACGAAGGAAGAGGGACAGGAGAUGUGGGAUAACUUUCUCAAAGAUAGGUUUAUCCUCGGCCAGGACGAGGAUUUCGACUACGGCCCUGUCGAUGCUGAUGACUCUCUGGACACACUGGAGUUACGAGACGAGGAGGAAGCUUGGUUCAACGACGAACAGCCUGGAUGGGCCAGUGACACUGGCGCAAGCAAUGUUGGCAACGGCAGUGGUACGCAACUCAAAGGGGAGACAGGCGUUCAAGAUUUCUAA